CUCGUGCUCGUCGCAUGACAGCAAAUUUCUGGCUCGCGCUCAACGCUCGGGCUCGAUACGGACUUGGUCCUUCGAUUUGCCAUUCAAACGGAACGACCUCUUUUUCCCUCUAAUUCAUCUUUCCUGCAAAUAAAGCUAACCGACAUGGCACCAAAUUUCGAGGAGCUGAACAUGAAUAUUCCCCGUGCCGCUUUGAAGGCUACGAGAAAUGCCGCUCUUCUACCUCCAGAUAUCGCUUUUCACAAAUCAAUGGACCCUACUUUUGCAAAAGACCUAGAUGCAUUCUCCUCCAAAGUCUUAUUCUUGACGAAUCAGCUCCUCGAGCUAGCGGCAACUGUUCAUACUUCAGGAAAGGACAAAGGAAAAGGAAAAGUGCGGAGUGAAGAUGAUAUUCUAGAUAGCUUUGAGACGCUUGUCGUUGACCGUAUGGACCAGCUGCUAGAGCGUGUCGACAUCUCGCUGGAUGAGUAUCAGGGCAAGACGAAGCCUCCUGCCAUUGCAAUGAAUGCCCUUGUCGACCUUCCCUCCAUCAAGAAGAAGAAACCAUCCGGUCGACCUGCACCUGUCAUCCAACACGCUGCCGCUCUGGCUAAGCCUCAGCUCAAAUUCAAGGUCCUUGUCGAUAAUACCAACACGCCUUGGUAUCCUCGUUUGAAACACAAGUACCACGCGCGAGUUCCCCUGGGGUACAAAUUUCUCGACCAGGAUAGCGAUGCAUCUGACAGCAUCAAUACAUUAUCCACUCAUCCUUAUCGAUAUGAAAUCACCCACCUGUCGUACCCACCACAUAUGUUCCAUCAAGCGCCUCCAAUACAGCCCAAGCCCUUCGAUACCACCUCUUUCAGCUGGGUUUCCGCACUGGAGGAGCUGCAAACCAUGCUGGGCAAGCUCCGUCAAGUGACAGAAAUAGCAGUCGACCUAGAACACCACAGUUAUCGUACUUAUGCAGGAUUUCUAUGCCUGAUGCAGAUUAGUACGCGAGAGGAGGACUGGAUAAUAGACGUUCUUUCCCUUCGAGACGAACUGGAAAUCCUCAAUGAAGUUUUUGCGGACCCAAGCAUCAUCAAGGUAUUCCACGGCGCUGAAAGCGACAUCAUAUGGUUACAACAAGAUCUAAAUUUAUAUAUCGUGAACCUUUUCGAUACGUAUCACGCUUCUCAGAUUUUGUCCUUCCCCAAGCAUGGUCUUGCAAAUCUACUUGAGAUGUACUGUGACUUCCUUCCAGACAAGCGGUACCAAUUAGCCGACUGGCGCAUAAGGCCUCUUCCUGAAGAGAUGCUGAAAUAUGCUCGCUCUGAUACUCACUUCCUCUUGUUCAUAUACGAUAAUCUUCGGAACGCGUUGUUGGAUCGUGGUGAAUCCCAAGUUCGCUCUCAAUCUCUGGAAGGCGGCCCAUCAUCUUCCCCAGUGUCCAGUGACUCCAUCCUUCGUGAGGUCCUUGCCAGAUCACAAGAUACCGCUCUCAAAGUGUACGAAAAAGAGCUGUAUGACGCCGCUGAAGGGACUGGUAGUACUGGGUGGGAUACCUUGGCUCGUAAAUGGAAUAAGGGUGCUCUUCUUGCUUCGGCGCCAAAUUCGGACGUCGAUGCACUUCAAAAACAGAUAUACAAGACUAUCCAUGCAUGGCGGGACAAAGUUGCUCGAGAGGAGGAUGAAAGUACCAGAUACCUUUUGCCCAAUCAUUUCCUAUUUCAACUGGCAGAAAGUCCUCCGGCUGAUAUGGCUGCGUUAUUGAGAGUUUUUCAUUCCCCUCCGCCUUUAAUGAAAAGACGAGCGAAGGAAUUGCUAGACACGAUCCGUGAUGCUGUCAAAGUCUAUCUUUCACGUUCUUCCAGCACAUCAAGUAUUCCCGAGCAGCAACCAGAGCCUACCGAGGUUGAGCACGUCGACGAAAGUCCAGUUCUAAAAACACAGGCGCUGCAGUCUUCUACUCUAUGGUCUGGUUCUACUUCAUCAAGUAUAACGUCGAAGUCGUCACUCUUCGGAACUGCCCUUCCUACACUGUUUGUCCAGUUGUCAUCCCCCCGGAAUCAUUCAGGUAUCACAACCUCGCAAAGUGCACUUUUCGGAACAAUGGCUCGCAAAUCGGACACGAACUACAGCAGCGAUAUGAGUCGAUUCCGGGAACUGGUUACCCGGAUACAUAGUACUCUGUCCAUCGCGCCAUUUGUACCCAAGCGUGUCAGCAUCGAACCUCAAGAACAUGUUAUCCCCAUGCAAGUUGACGAAACCGCUGAAGACGGCGGUACGGUAGAGAUGCAAGCGGAGAUACCGUUUAUCCCGGCACCUCAAAGGCAGCCACGGGAACCAAUUGAAGAUACACUUGUCGUGGUUGGUCAGGCUAGGCAGAAAAAGCGUAAACGAGUUGCCCCUACCGAUCCGGAUGACGGCACUUCAGGAACGGAGGUGACUUCUUCCAAGAAGUCGAAAUCUAGAGACGAUGAAAACGCCUCCCAAGAUCCGGAGCCGUUCGACUUUUCGUCUGUGCCAAACGUACUUGACCAAGUACCGGCUAUCCACGGAGAUAAUAAGGUGAAAAAGAAGGGCAAGCAAAGGAAAGGCGACGCAUCCUAUUUCUAUGGCGAUUUCCCAGCCCCACCUAAAGGACAUAGUGAGGUCAAGAGUGGAAAUCAGUCUCACACAUUCAAGAAAUGACCCAAGGCUUGGAUUUAUCUCAUUGAUGUCGACGUUCGUUGCUCAGUAUUCGUUACCAAUCAAUAUGCACAGGGGUCCAGGGAUUUGAUGCUGCCUUCCGUUAUUGAGCCAGAAUGUUCGUCACAGAACAUUUAUCGCUAAGAGUGCCCCGCUGGGAGCAAAUGUUUCGCGUAAUGUAACGUAUGUG